AUGAGGUUUAGGGGCAAGGCUGCAGCCUCCUGGCGCAUCCUGCUGUCUGUCCUUACCUGGACAGCAGCGGUCCAUGCCAAGGACGAGCCGACCAUCAGCGUCGUCACCAACAGGCACCCUCCCGCUGGCCUCAACUACUUCGAAGACUCCGACGUCAUUCUCUAUCGCGAUAUCUCCGAACGCAACAUCUACCGAACCGACGAUGCGGGUGUCACAUGGAAUAAGGUCAAGGGCGUCCCCGAGGACAAGGCCGCCUUGCUCAUCAUGCACGAAUUUGACAAGAACCGAGCCUUCGUGUUGACGGACACCAACAAACAUUACAAGACGACCGACAGAGGCAAGACGUGGGAAGAGUUCGACAGCAUCGUUGAGAAGAGUUUCUUCCAGGACUCCGACAUCCUCCACUUCCAUGCCGGCGAUCCCGACCGCAUCAUCUUUGGUGGCAUGCAAUGCGCCGGCAUCUUUUGUCAAGAGGUCGCCAUGUACACGACGGACAACUUCAAAACCAAAGCGAAGCCCCUGCGAGCCAACGUCGUGGGAUGCUAUUGGGCCAAGUCAUCAGCCAUGUUCACGACCGGUAAGGACGACCUCGACAAGCAGCGAAUCCUUUGUAUUGCGCUCGACAAGUACUCUUCUUCCAAGUACGAUUACAGACUCUUCGCUUCCGACAACUACUUCGAUGAGGUCGACGGCCGCGUCCAGGAAUUCGAGCCGAACAUGGACACGAACAAGGGUGUGGCGGGUGUGGUCAACUUGGCUGUCGUCAAGAAGUACCUGAUGGUUGCGACGUCGUCUCCUAGUACAGAUGAAAUGGCCUUGUUUGUCACCGACGAUACUAUCAAGUGGCAUCGCGCCAUGUUCCCCGCUGCGCAUGGCCACAAGAUCCACCAAGACGCCUACACCGUUCUGGAGAGCACAAACUACAGCAUUCAAGUCGACGUGGUGAACACCGGAACCUCGAAUCCCAUGGGUGUCAUGUUCACUAGCAACUCUAACGGCACCUACUUCAUUGAGAACAUCGAGCACACGAAUCGUAAUAGGAUGGGACACGUCGACUUCGAGAAGAUCACUGGAAUUCAAGGCGUUUUUAUGGUCAAUACUGUAACGAAUUGGGAAGAGGUGGAAAAGAACCACAAAGCCGCCAAGGAAGUCGUGAGCAAGAUCACGUUCGAUGACGGCCGAGAAUUCCAAGAUUUGAAAGCUGGAGGCGAAAAGAUCCACUUACACUCCGUUACGGACCUCGACAAUAUUGGCAGAGUUUUCUCCAGCCCUGCGCCUGGCCUCGUUCUCGGCAUUGGAAACACGGGCAAGUCACUGAAAGCAUUUGAUGAGGGCGAUCUCUACGUCUCGGACGAUGCUGGAGUGACUUGGAAGAAGACCUUGGAAGGUCCUUACAAGUACGAAUUUGGCGACCAGGGCUCACUUCUGGUGGCCGUCAAGGAUUCACAAAAGGAGGAUAUCGGAGAGGUCAAAUACUCCCUCGACCACGGAGAGAGCUGGAAGACUGUAUCUCUGCCCAAGGAUUUGAAGGUUAAGCCUGAGCUUCUCACUACCACGCAAGAUUCCACCAGUCUGAAGUUUUUGCUCGUCGGAAGGACCGGCGGCGGCGAUAGCCCCUACUUCCACCUCAUCGCCCUCGACUUCGAGGGUUUGCACGAGAGAACGUGUGGAGACGAUGAUAUGGAAGACUGGCACGCUCGCCCUGACGACAACGGCAAGCCUACUUGCUUGAUGGGUCACAAGCAGACUUACCGUCGUCGCAAGAAGAAGGCCGACUGUUUCAUCAAGAAGGAAUUUAAGGAUCCCGUCCCGGUCACCGAGGACUGCGAAUGCACAGAUGCCGAUUUCGAGUGUGAUUACAACUUUGUUCGAAAGGACGGCAAGUGUGAAAAGGCAGGACCGAUUGUUGCCCCUGAUGGCGCCUGCAAGAACGCAAAGGCAGAUGAGACUUUCAAGGGUUCUUCCGGUUGGCGCCUGAUUCCGGGAAACACUUGCAAGCGAAAGAGUGGCGCCCAAAAGGAUGACCCUGUUGAUCGAAAGUGCGGCGAUACGACGACAAGGCCUAGUAUUCCCGCUGAUGGCAACGUCAAGGCGACCAAGCACACCUUUGACACGAAGAAGAUCGAAUUCGAGAAGUUCUAUCUCGAGCGCGGUGAAACGAACAGGGAAGCUGAGGAGACCAUCAUUGUUCGACCUGUCGAAUACUCGGGUGGCGGCGAGAUAAUCGACCCCAAGUCGCCGAUCUGGCGCACGAAGGACCACGGCAAGACAUGGGACAAGAUUCUCGAGGACGAGAAGAUCCUGGGAAUAUACCCGCAUAGCCACUUCAAAGAUACGGUUUUCUUCACAACCGGAACCAAGAAGGUCCUCUACACAAUUGAUCACGCCGAGCACUUUCACCACUUCGACGCACCCUCCGACCCUGAUUCGGCGUUUGGCAACCCGUUGUCAUUCCACCCUGACCGGAAGGAUUGGCUUAUCUGGGUUGGCAAGAAGUGCGAAAAGGAUGAGUGCUGGCACGAGGCAUCCGUCACGAAAGACCGUGGCGAUAACUGGCACACGGCUCUUCGCUAUGUUCGCAAAUGCGACUUCACAGGAAAUAAGGCGUACAAGUUCCGCGAUCCCCGCCAGAUUGUCUGCUUGGCCAACAAGGAGGAGAACAACGACAAGGGCAACCCCAAGGUCGUUGUUUCCAGCAAUGAUUUCUUCGAAGAGGACAAACAAGUCCACCAGUCCGACGUCAGCGACUUUGCCACCAUGGCCGAGUUCAUCGUCGUUGCUGUGGAGGAUAAGAAGAAUGACGACCUCAAACCGUAUGCAAGCUUGGACGGCGUUACCUACGCCGAAGCCCACUUCCCGAUCAACUUCAAGGUCGGCCACAAGAACGCGUACACGGUUUUGGACAGUUCCACGCAUGCCGUUAACCUCUUCGUGGCCACUUCUUCCGAGGACGGCCGUCGUUACGGAAGCAUCAUCAAGAGUAACUCCAACGGUACAUCGUACGUUCAGAGUGCUGCCAAGGUCAACUGCGACGACAGCUACUACGUCGAUUUUGAAAAGAUUGGCGGCAUUGAGGGUGUUGCUAUCAUCAACACCGUUGCCAACGCUGACAAGCGCAGCGAACCGAAAAAGAUCCAGACGCAGAUCACCCAUAACGAUGGUGCGCAAUGGGCGUUCUUGCCGCCGCCUCGGAUUGACGCCGAGAAAAAGAAUUACAAGUGCAGCAGCAACGAGGGAGAUGAGAAAUGCGCCCUUCACCUCCAUCACUACACAGAGAGACUUGACAAGAAGAAGACAUUCUCUGCGGCCACCGCCGUUGGAAUCAUGUUCGGCAAUGGCAACGUCGGCGACAGCCUGGCGUCUAUCAAGGAUGACUCGAUCGAAACCUUCAUGUCGAAGGAUGCUGGUAUCACCUGGAAGAGCGUCAAGAAGGGUGCCUGGACAUGGCAAUACGGUGAUCAAGGCUCCAUCGUCGUUCUCGUCCAGCGCUACACGACCGCCAACCCCAAGAAGACGAAGAUCAUUUCGUACACGUUGGACGAGGGCGAGAAUUGGAAGGAUUUUACCUUCAGCGAGGAGGAAGUCACCGUGUUGGAUAUCACAUCCCUUCGUUCCGGUGCGUCCCGUAACUUCUUGCUGUGGUGCAAGGGCGACAACGGCGAGAUGUUCACCGUCAAUAUCGACUUUACCGGUCUGACCGACAAACCCUGCAAGAACGAGAAGGACGGCGAAACCGACUACUACACUUGGUCGCCUAAGCACCCGAUGCAGGCAGACAACUGUCUCUUCGGACACGUCACACAGUAUUUGCGCAAGAAGAAUGAGGCGAACUGCUACAACGACGGCAGAAUCGACCACCUCUAUCAGCUCCAGAACUGCACUUGCACGAGGUCCGAUUUCGAAUGUGACUACAACUACGAGCUCGACAACCACAAGCAGUGCAGCCUCGUCGAAGGCAAGUCUCCCUUGUCGGCGGAGCAAUGGUGCAAAGAGAACCCCGAUGCCGUCGAGUACUACGAGCCCACCGGCUACCGCAGGAUCCCCCUCACCACCUGCGUCGGCGGCCAGGAGCUCGACAAGCAGUCCCAGGUCCACCCCUGCGCCGGCAAGGAGGACGAGUUCGAGAGGCGCCGCGGAACCUCGGGCGUCGCCAUCUUCUUCGCCGUCGUCAUCCCCCUCGGUGCGGCGGCCGCCGUCGGUUGGUGGGUGUACAACAACUGGAACGGCAAGUUCGGCCAGAUCCGCCUCGGCGAAACCCCCAGCAUGGACGGCGAGGCGCCCUGGGUCAAGUACCCCGUCAUCGCCCUCUCGGCCGUCGUCGCCGUCGUCUCGGCGCUCCCGCUCGUCGCCUCCGCCGUGUGGAGGAGCGCGACGUCCGCGUACGAGAGGGUCGGCGGCGGCAGCAGGGGAGGAGGCAGCUGGCUCUCGGGACGCGGCAACCGGCGUUUCACGACGAGGGACAGCUUCGCCCGCGGCAGGGGCGACUACGACAUCGUGGACGACGACGAGGGCGAGCUUUUGGGCGACGACAGUGACGAGGAGGUAUAG